ACUUGGUGCCGUUUGGUGCAGGAUUACCAGAGUCUGAACCGCCAGCUGGAGGCCGUUGAAGGGAAUAUCCCGACCGUUGGCCUGGUGGAGGAGAAUGAAGAAAGGCUCAUGGACAGAAUCUCAUUGUAUCAGGGUCUAAAGGGGAGGCUGACAGAGAACCAGCACAAGCUCCACCAGGUCCUGGAUGAGGGCAAACAUCUCUUGCUGUCAGUUUGCUGUCCCGCACUGGAAAACCAGCUCGCCCUGCUGGGGGAACACUGGCUCAACAACACCAGCAAGGUCAACAAGGAACUGCAGCGCCUGGAGGCCAUCCUAAAACACUGGACCAGGUAUCAGAGGGAGUGUGCAGAGCUUAGCGAAUGGCUUCAGUCUGCUCUGGAGCGUCUGGAGUUUUGGAAUACGCAGGCGGUGUUAGUCUCACAGGAGCUGGAGACUGUCAGAGACCAUCUCUCUGCUUUCCUU